GACAGUUUGCAGACUGGAUUUUUGUUUUAAUGUCUGGACAGUGAUUUUUGAGCGGUCCUGGCCGAACACCUCGGCAUGGCCGCGCGCGGCUCUCGGUGCCGGGAUCCGGGUGGAGCGGCCAGGCGGGGGCCAGCGCUGCCUGCGCGUGGACCGUGGUGCUCCCCGCCGCCCGGAAUGGGCUGCAGAGCUGGCUCCUAACUCCCAGCUCCCUGAGCAAGUUGGGCAGGGGCAGGGUGUGUGCGUGUGUCUGUGUGUGCGUGUGUCUGUGUGUAUGCGUGUGUGCGCGUGUGAUGUCGCCCGCACCUAUAUAGGGUGGGGGAUUUUUUUCCCGCUCUCUCGGCUGGGAGGACGUGGCCGCCCACCCCCAGCUCGCCUGCUCGCAGAGGCUCUCCGGCAAGGCGACGCGCCCCGGCCGCGGUGCCAUCCCAGCCCCGCGCGCCCCUCUCCGCGGAGAGCCAGGAAAGCCUCCUGGCUCCGGGAGAGUGGCGCUUUGGUUGCAAAAUGACAAACCUCAAGUUUUUCUGCUCUCCCUUUUCCCCCUCUUCCUUCCAGAUACGUCACGACGGAUCAAACAGCUACCGUUUGAUGCAGCUUGGCUGUCUGGAGUCCGUAGCCAAUUCCACUGUCGCCUAUUCCUCCUCCUCUCCUCUAACUUACUCUACCACCGGCACCGAGUUUGCGUCCCCCUACUUCUCCACUAACCACCAGUACACCCCGCUGCACCACCAGUCCUUCCAUUACGAGUUUCAGCACAGCCACCCGGCGGUCACCCCCGACGCCUACUCUCUGAACUCGCUGCACCACUCGCAGCAGUACUACCAGCAGAUCCACCACGGGGAGCCCGCCGACUUUAUUAACCUGCACAAUGCGCGGGCGCUCAAGUCCUCCUGCCUGGAUGAGCAGAGGCGGGAGCUGGGCUGCCUCGAUGCCUACCGUCGCCACGACCUGUCCCUCAUGAGCCACGGCUCUCAGUAUGGAAUGCACCCAGAUCAAAGACUCCUGCCAGGGCCCAGCCUGGGGCUGGCCACCGCGGGAGCGGACGACUUGCAGGGUUCUGUGGAAGCCCAGUGUGGGCUUGUUCUCAAUGGCCAAGGUGGAGUAAUAAGAAGAGGUGGCACUUGUGUGGUCAACCCCACCGACUUGUUCUGUUCUGUUCCUGGCCGUUUGUCUCUCCUCAGUUCUACUUCUAAAUACAAGGUGACCAUUGCCGAGGUAAAGAGGCGCCUCUCACCCCCUGAGUGCCUCAACGCGUCCCUCCUGGGAGGCAUCUUGAGAAGGGCAAAAUCAAAGAAUGGGGGCCGCUGCCUGAGAGAGAAACUGGACAGACUCGGCUUAAAUUUGCCAGCAGGGAGACGGAAAGCAGCCAAUGUCACCCUCCUCACUUCCUUGGUCGAAGGAGAGGCUUUGCACUUGGCUCGGGACUUUGGCUACACAUGUGAAACAGAGUUUCCAGCCAAAGCAGUAGGAGAACACCUCGCCAGACAACACAUGGAACAGAAGGAACAGACAGCAAGGAAAAAGAUGAUCCUAGCAACUAAACAAAUUUGUAAAGAAUUCCAAGAUCUCCUGAGCCAAGAUAGAUCACCUUUAGGGUCGUCCAGACCCACUCCAAUUCUAGACCUUGACAUCCAGAGACACUUGACACAUUUCAGUUUGAUCACUCAUGGCUUUGGGACUCCAGCAAUAUGUGCAGCUCUAAGCACUUUCCAGACAGUCCUCAGCGAGAUGCUGAACUACUUGGAAAAACACACUACUCAUAAAAACGGUGGAGCGGCAGAUUCUGGCCAAGGACAUGCCAACUCGGAGAAAGCCCCCCUGCGGAAAACUUCAGAGGCUGCCGUGAAAGAGGGAAAAACAGAAAAGACAGACUAGCUACAUCAAACAGAAUCUAUUUCCAGAGAGUCUUGCUGCUGAUAUUUUUUCUAAAAUAAUAUAUCAUUGAGGGUGACUAAUCUUCAGUGGACCAAUCAUUAUCCUCCCCCAAUCCUAUGUUUAGAAAAAAAAAAUGGAAAUGAAACAUAAAACAAAAAAGGACAAAUCAAAAGAGAGAGAGAGAGAGAGGAGGAAAACAGCAGUGUAAUUGUGUGAUGAAAUUGUCACUUUUUAAUUUUAUGUUAUGAUAAAAAUUCUUUUGUGCACGUAGUUUAUUGUUCCGAAUUAUACACACCACUGUUUCUAAGCACUUCUGGACUUCGGAGAGCAGCACAUGCUUUUUCACAUUUAACUGAUGCACUUUCUUAUCCAGCUCUGUAGUUAGGGAUUAGAAAGCAUGACCCACCUGGAAUCUGCCACCAUUGCUUACAAUGCCAGUCCUUCUUGACUUAGCUCCCUGUAACUCAAGAGUGCCUCUUUGCAUUAGAUCAAUAUAAAAAUUAAUCCAUGAAUAAAUAAUUGGGGAACUCCAAAGGACAGUCAUGAAUAUUUGUCCAAUGAAGUGACAGCAGUUCUAAAAGUUGUGGUUACCUCUAGACUACUUAAUACCAGUGCCUUGGUGGUAUUUUAAAAUUCCAGAAAACUCUCCUGCUGACUAUAAUGUUCUUACCCACUUGUGGGUUGCUUUAUCCACUUUAUAGGUAAGUAGAUACUCAGAAAGCAGACACGAUAUGAGUACAAAUGAACUCUUCUUUCAGUUCUUCUGACAUCACCAGUUUAACGGUUUAAGGAAACAAACAGACUGCACUGAGUGGGUUGCAUAGUUUUGCUACUGUUGGACUCUGAAUGAGAAACAAUGUACUGUUAUCCCUGAAAAAUAUAUGGAAACAGGAACAGUGAUUUUUCCGGGAAGUUCUGCCUCUUGAGGUAGGAAAUGAGACCAGGGAACUCCUGGAGGCCCCUUUGAAGCACUGUGGCUGAUGAUUGUAAGGUUAAAACAAAAGCCGUUCUUUUUCUACCUUUGUGCUUCUUCUACCUGCCCGAUAGCUGUGUUCUAAACCUUUAGAGGCACAAAAGCAUUCAGGUCUGUGUUCAAUAAAGAAAACAAAACAGAUUGAUCAGAGAAGACUUUUGCUUUUAAGAUGCUUCCUUUUUUUUAUAGCUUGUUCUUAUAGCUUCUAUACUUUAGUUAAAGCACUGAAAACAAGAGGCUCCUGGUUGCAAAGGCCAGGAGCUAAUUGAGUGAAAGUUUGACCCAUAGAACUCUGUCUGUGUCAAGAAACCUGACUGGUAUCAUGUUGUACUGACUUUUCUACUGUUAAGAAUUUUCAAACUUUAUGUAGGCAAAUAAAAAUAUAGGUCAAAGUUUAUGUUAAAAAUCAUUUUAAUAAUGUGUGGACUCCCAACACUUGGUUUAGCAUGAAAAUAUUAUCUUUUCAUUAACAUAUUUUAAUUACUUUUAAAAUUUUUACCGUAUUAUAACCCAGUAAGGAAUAUUGGAUGUUUAUUUGGGAGGACACAGUGCAAAUAUUUUCAUGUAGAGAUCAUGCAAGACUAUUUUUACAAAACAAUAAUUUUUAAAAUCUUUUGAUCUUUUCCCUUUAAUGUUGUACAGAAACAGAAAAUCUGUAAAAAAUAAAAAUCUAAAUUUUCUGGAUUGAAUUCAAUUAAUGGAAGUCACAACAAAAGAAUUCCACAUAGAGCAAUUUCAUAGUUGUGCAGUAGUAGCACUUAAAGAAAUAUAAAAGUAAUGCAUUGUGAUUUCACAUGCUUUGUUGCAUUUUUAAAAUUUACCACUUUUAUGGAUUUAAAUUAUUUUGAAACAAAAAUAAAAUAAAGCUAAGAUUCUGCUCAAGUUCCAAAUUUGAUCACUAAAUAAAUUAUUCUGUCUCGCAUCCAAUUUCCUAUAUUGUAAAAUAUACACAUGAAACAAAAAGAUAAAUAUUGAAUUUAAUAAGUAGUAGGAAGUAACAUACGGAUAAUGUGGACUGUGUUUUCCUUAAUGAAAUUUCCACACAAAUGUUCUUUUAUUUCAUUUAUUAACAAUACAUAUGUAUUUAAUAUGGCAUUUUUAUAUGCAUAUCUACUAGGUACCUAAUGUAGUUGUAUACCAUGUCAAAUGUUCACCAAUGACCAGAUGAAAAAUUAUACCUGGCUUACAUUACCAGCUUAUUUCUUUGCCCUUAGUUGUGACUAGUUCAGGUUCUAAGUACUUCAAUGGGGUAUUACUAUUUAUUAGCCUUGGAAACAAAAAAGUACAACUAUAACUACAGUGCAUAUUAUUUACCAGAAGUUGGGGCAUUUUAAGAGCCUUAAAUGGACAGCCUCAUCAUUUAACUUACCCAGCCAUUAGGGCAUAAAUGAAUGGAUGGACUGGUUCUCUUCAGGAUCAUUAUUUAUUAUGAUAUCCUAAUAGGCAUUGUUAACAUACCAACUUUUGCCUUGUAUAUAAUAGAUAUGGAACACUUUUUAAAUAAAAGAAUAAAUCAG